AGGUAGCUUUCUGUUUUGUGUGUUCCGUUAUGGCACGGUGGGAAGACCAACAUAGACGGGACCACAAGCGAGAAGAACCACCGAAUUCGCGUCUUUUUAUUGUUUGUGGUAAAGAUUUAAGUGACGAAGAUUUCCAGGAAGCUUUUUCGAAGUUCGGAUCCAUUGAAGAAAUAUGGAUGGUAAAGGACAAGAUUUCCGGGGAGAAGAAAGGUGUUGCUUAUAUCAAGUUUUCCCGGACAUCUGAGGCCGCUCUUGCGAUGGAAGAAAUGAAUGGCAAAUGUAUUGCUCGAAGUCCUAGACCCCUAAAAGUUUUGAUAGCCCACAAUCGCGACCAGGGUUCUAAAAGAGAAAUGAACGAAGAAGAGCGGUUGUUGAGGCUGUUCAUCGUUGCCCCACGACUGAUGUCAGAGCAGGAUUUGAGAAUUCACUUUUCUCAGUUCGGUGACGUUGAGCACGUAACCCUUGUGAGGGACAAGGUUACGAAAGAGAGCAAAGGCUUCGGCUACGUCAAAUACCACAAGAUGUCGCAUGCGGCAUUAGCGUUUGAAAAUUGUGAUCGGAUGUUCCGAGCAGUUUUUGCCGAUCCCAAGCCCGUUCGUAACCAGACUUCGGGCGGAUCAUCUCAAUCAGGCCAAACUCAGACAUUGAGCACUGCAAGUUCGAGUGAAAAAGAUCUGUUCACUGGGCACCCUGUGACACCAUUGAGUGUCGGAUUGGGCACCCCGUCUCUUACGUCGGGUACCUCCGGUCUUCUUCGUCAGUUUCCCACCAGUUUUGAUCAACUGAGUUCUACUGCGUGUACACGUGCAGGUUCGACAGAUAGUAGCGGGACUCGAUUGGUCGUCCUUGCAUCUCCGCAAUUGAACCAAGACCAGUUGUGGCGUCUUUUUGACAUAGUGCCUGGGUUGGAUUUUUGUGACUUGCGAAGGAAGAGUGGACAGGGUCGAAGUAUCGCGAAUGUCGUCUACAACAACGCCCAAUCGGCCAACUACGCCGUGGAGAAGUUACAUGGGUUCGAAUAUCCUCCUGGCGAGCGUCUUAUAGUCAAGUUUUACUCCGGAUUCGGCGAUAAUUUGUGCGGACUGUUCGAUAACAAGCUGUCAUCUGCAGCAACAUUGCCGAAUGUAUCGGGUGGAACGGCGUCUGGUGGAAGUGCCGCCACUGCAGCUAUGGCUGCAGUUGCCGCAGCUGCUGCUGCAGCUUCACAAGGUGUUAAUGGGAAUCAGAUUUCUCCAGAAAUCGCAAGGCAAGUAUCCACGCUGAUGGAUACACUUGUUACCUGCCAAAACUUGAUGCAAGCUGGCAACUUCAACAAUGAAAAUGCUGGUUUGGUUGGAAACUUGCUGGGUCUGGGGACGACUCCGGACCUUAAUACGGCUCCGGGAAUAUCCCCUAUGUUGGGACAGAAUGUUCUGACCGGUUUGAACUCCGCAUCUGGAGGAGAGAUGUAUGAUCCGAGUUACUGUUCUGUGAAACUUCCCGCUCCUCAGCCGCUUGCACCACCUGACUCCAGCAUUGCGCUUAGGUUGUUUAUCGUUUGUUAUCCUGUGCCGCCGGCAUUGUAUGCUUUAAAAGACGUUUUUGGAAGAUUCGGCGGUCUCAUCGAUGUGUAUAUCCUUCACAACAAGAAUUACGGGUAUGCGAAAUACGCAAACAAAGCGGGAGCUGAACGGGCUGUCGCCGUGUUGCACGGACAAGAAAUUUUGGGAUCCCGCCUCAAAGUUAUGAUUGCUACGGAUCCAAAUUUCAUAAAUGCUUCAUCCACAACUAGCUCGACGUCGACGUCACUGGCGGACGUUCUUUCUGCUUCCACAGUCAAUUGUGCUAUGUCAGGUUCAGGUUCGUCAACAUCGUCAUCGUCGUCUGGGCACUUAUCGGACCGAGCCGACUGCAAAAGAAUUAGAAUCGAGAGAGAUGCUACCGAUACAAUCGACGGUUUGAUGUAUAGUCGAAAUAUGGACCCCGAGAACUGCGCGCUGUGUGCCUUUUAUGAUCUACCGAACGAAGUGUUAAUGCAUAUUCUGAGUUUUCUGCCGUAUGAGGAACUAUCACGAUGCAGAUUGGUCAAUCGAAAAUUCAACAUUAUUUGCGGUCAUCUACUUACUCUCGGUUUGAAAAAAGCUGAUGAAAUGAAGAAACGUCUAUCAAAGCAAAUUAGGCGACUAGCUCCACGCCGCGAAUCCUUGAGAAGGAAACAUGCCUUGGCUUGUACUUUGGAUAUUCUGUCUGCGCUGGACGUUCGAAUGUCUCUUCUGAGCAUGUCUUACAUGCGUUACGUCGGUCUUCAGUUAUGUCCUGUUGUCCCUGGGAAGGUUUUGGAUGAAAUCUUCGCACUUUUGAGGAGGAUCGCUUCUUGUCCUACGAACGUAGACCCCGACAUUCUUGUGGAAAUCCGAGAUAUAUCCUCUAUGGCUGUGGAACAUUUUGAAGAGAAUAUCGCUCCGGUGUUCAAGGAGAUGGAAUUGAGCGGUCAUGGAAAAAAUUUGAACAGUUUGAAGAGAGUCAUCCAAGCGAAGUCGGAAUCGUGUGAUGGUGUACCGUCGAAGCAAAAAUUACUCAUAGAUUUCAAUACAUACGUAGAGAUGAAGAACACCGCGAGAUCUCUUCUCAAAGAAUAUUGUUCGUUGAAGCGUAGGCUUAAUUGUGUGGAAACUGCUGUAUCUGAAAUGCAUCGGUCGAAUUUUGUGGUACUGGAAGCAGCAGCGGAAGAAAAUAAGUCACGAAUCGAAAGACUUCAGGAAAUUACCGCGUCUUCUGAAAAGUUGUGUCCUGGUGGUGUUGGAUACACCCGUAAGAAGAAACGUGUCGCUGACGGUGGUGAAGUGUCGAAAUUGAAGAAACGGAAAGUGGCAAGAAAUGUGUAAAAACUAAAAAUUGUGAUGCUUUUUGAGCAGCCGUAGACAAAGUCAUUCAUCUCUCACGUGUACAAACCUUCCACCUGGUUGAGGAUGCGUUCUUAUGCUACGCAUAAUUUCCGACAGAUGUGUGAUUGUGAAUGAAUCCGUGAAUUUUUCUGUUGAAAAGCGUUGUUCGAACAUGGAUUUAAACGCCGGGCUUGAGGAUCUUCCGGACGAAAUGCUCGUCAAAAUUCUCUCCAGCUUGAACUACGGACAACUGGCGUGUUGUCGAAUGGUCUGUAGGAAAUUCAAUGCCGUUUGCGGGGAACUGUUGUCCGCCGGAUUUAUUGCCGUGGAAGCAGAGAAAAAUCGUAUUUCAAAAGAAUUGCGACUUCGGACUCCAAGGCGCUUCUCUGAUCGCAAGUGUCAUUCUUUAUCAAAGCAUAUUGAGAUCUUGGCUUCGUUGGAUACCAGGAUUUCGUUAUUGCACAUGACCUACUCACGUUACAUUGACUCGAAGCAGUGUCCGUUUGUUCCUGGCAAGGUUCUGGAUGAGAUCUUCAGAGUGCUCAAGGUGGUGUCCAAGUUUUCUCCUAUUCCGUGGGACUCGGAAAUGCUAAAAGAACUUCGAGAUUUGUCAUCCAUGGCAAUAGAACAUUUCGACGAGUUUAUCGCCCCGCAAUUCAAGGGAAAAAUCCGGAGCAUCAUGCCGAUUGGGCUAUCUACUUCAGUCCUGGGUAGCUUGCAAGUGUCCCUCUCAAGGACACCGAAAAAGCAAGUGGGGACCUUCAAUCCCUUGGACGGAUUCGGAGUUAAGCCGAAGACUUAUCUUGGAACUUCGACCAGGAAAACGUCGCAUCCUGGUUACGGUAGCGAUUUCAGAAAUUUGACGGCCGAAGAAACUGUUCGUAAUCGCAUGCUGUUGAUCGAUCCCGACGAAUAUUGGGAGUUGUAUUCUCAAAUUCAGUCUUUAGCUUUAACGAUCCCGAAGUUGAAAAAACAGAUUUGCAAACUCACUUGUGAGCUGAAAUCGAAGCCAUCAAACAGCCCGCCGGUUGGAGAUUUGGAGCGUGUUUUAGCUCAACAAGAACAGCAGCUGGAUAUGUUGGAACGUUUGACGAUCAUUCAAACUGAGCAUGAUGAAAUUUGUUGUGCCGUCGAAGUGGAAAAUGGAUCCGUAGAAUCCGGUGCAGUGAUUGACAAGUGCGACGUGAAAAUAACGAAAAAGUGCAUGAAACGUACGCGUCAGAAAAAUGAUCCUGCUACCAUUGAUCGUGCCGGUCCAUCGAAGCGAUGUCGUCGGAAAAAUUGAUGGACUACUCGUCGUUCAGGGGGUUUACUAUUUCUCCCAGACCUGAUAAAAACGAUGAGUAAUCGUAAAAUUUAAUCAGAGGUCUGUAUUUUGUAUAAUGAUUUUCGUGACUCGUCAGUGGAAAUGUGAUAAGCCCGCAUGUUUGAGCUAUUUUUUUCUGCUGAUGAGCAGUGCCUUGAAUUGUCUCAAUUGGUUUUCGUUCGGGUUAUGUAUUUUUCAGUGGGUGAGCAAUUUCUUCGGUUUAUAUGACUAAUAUUGUGUGAUUGGGUCCAAAUUCAAAAUUGCGUGUACUUUCAAGAAAACGCAUUUGACGUCGUGGUCUGUGUGUUGUUUUCAACCCCCUUCUGCAGUGAUGUUUAAAUUACGCUUUGUGAUGUUUCAGGUGACGCUAUUCCGCUACUUCUUCUCUUUUCAUUGCCAUCUUGUGUUAUUGAGUGGUGUUACCGUCCAUAUCUUUUCCCGUUUGAAUGGGAAGUAUGAAUUGCGUCCGUUCAGUGCCUUUCAUAUGACUGAUACCCGUACUGGGUGUUUGUGAAACGAAAGCAGAAUUGUUCAGGCUGACCUCAUGGAACUACCGCACUACAUACCACGUUCAAACAUCGGCUACUAUCAGCAACAAACUCCACCCCCGAUGUCUCAACAAAUGAUGCAUUCCAAUCUUCAGCAACAGCACAACCCGAUGAUGUCGCAAAUUCAGUAUCGGUCUUCACACCAACCGAUGUUUAUGCGGGGUUCGAACAAUUUCGUGCCAGCGAAUGUGCCAAUGCAACCCCAGGUGUACCAGCACAGUUACUCAGCUUCCGUUCAGAACACAUUCCAUCAGCCUAUGGCCCAGCUUCCGGCCUACCAUCAAAGCAUGAUGCCAAAUCAGCCAGUGCCGCAGACUCCGGUGAAUGAAGUGGUACCCGAAGUGCUGGCGAGCAAGGACCCCAUAACUAAAGCAAAAGCGUUGGUUGGAGCAGUGAAGCGAGCGCUGGAACAUUUAAUUGAAGUGGCCAUGGGGAAUCUCAAAUACAACGCCAGUGUUUGCGCUGGGUGUCCGAAUUCUGUCCCUGCGAUGCCUCCACCUGCUUUUGAAUCCGCAUUAGAAGAAUUCGUUUUACUAACGAACCGAUUGGAGAUGCAUUUGAAGAUAAUAUUGGAAACCUGGAAAACUGCGAGCGUGAGCCAACGCUUUGUGCCAUUGCCGGUGAGCUUGUCAAAGAUGGACUCCAUCCAACCUGACAAUGGGGUUCUGAGUUAUUCGCAAUACCUCGCCAUCGUUCGUGGGCAGGUUGAAUUCAUCUCUGGGCUGAGAUCUGCUCUCACCACGUUCACUCCGUUGUAACUCUGCGUAAACUUACCAUUCCACAAGGAAAGCUUCCUCGCUCGAGUAUUCAAAUGUUCCUUCUCGGACCAACUUCAGGAAAGAAAAUUUUGAAAUUGAAGUUUAUGAUGCGUUGGGAAAAUGUCGAGAGUUUAGCGUCCCGUGUCGAGAUGCGUGUGUAUAUAUGCGAUGUCGUCGUGUUCAACGUCUCCCAAGAUGGGGGAAAUAUAAUUUUAGUCUUGCAUUGAUAGCUGGCAUUCCUGGUGCGGAUGUGUCCCAGAAAGAAAAAAAAAAACUAUGGGCGCAUCUUGUAGAAUCGGAGAUAUGGAAACUACGCGGUUUUUUUGUGGAUGAAGAGAGCGUUUUGUCACUCCUUCGUCCCCCUGAACUUAUCGCUGGAAAACUGUCUGGAUUAAUCGAAGCGCCACUCGGAGAACUAUGCACUGCAUCUGAACUUCGAGUAUAUUCGAAAUCUCGGCUGCUGAGCUUCGCUUGUAUCUUGUGAUGGACGGGAUGUAUUACCAGUAUCCAGAGAGAGAAAACAAUGUUUUUUCAGCGGAAGGUGUGUUGAUGACGUCUAAUGGAUUGUCCACGCGCAGUGGUGUUAUAUUUAAUCUUGUGAUUUGAGUUCCGUAUUUGUUAUAUGAUCACACAAAUCACUCGGAAUUGCUAUCUGCCUCCCAGUGCCUGAAUGGAUGAAAGAAACGGGGAGAAAAAGGAAUAUUUUGACACGUGUUUUUCGCUGUGAUCCGUUCGUCAAAUUCCUCGAUUUCUGGGUGGGUAUUGGCCAGUGCACAUAAAUUAGUCAGCAGUAAAAGUAGAGCUAUUGGGCACUUCAGGGGACAUGUGUUGGAUGGUGUUUGUUUUGCUUGUUUGCUCGGUUAUCUCGCUAGUCACGGGCCUUCGACUUGGCAAGAAGAAACUUUAUGAGCUGGCUUCGGAGGAAGAUCUGUGUGCAGGGAAAUAAAAAAGAAAAAUGGUGUUGUUGUUUGUAGAAA